AUGAAAUUAAUUUUAACAUCAUUUAAAAAGACCAAUUCUGUAAAUCCAUUGUCCGAUGAUGACCAUCGGAUUCAUGAAGGUUUAUCAUACCAAGCAACUAUACCACAUUUCCUUAAUGCAACAUCAUUAUCCACUGAUCACGGUGCAAUUCUCUAUUGGCAACCAACAGAUUCAAUUAGUGAUAAGGAUCUUAGUGAUUACAUUGAUUAUGCUCAUGGAAAAUAUCGUAUGAAUGAAGAACAAGCAUUAGCAAUCCUACAAAUAUGUGAAUAUAAUAUUUCCAAUAGUAAAUUACUCAUGGAACAAUACCGACCGGACAUGGGUCGAUGGACUAGUGAAGAAAAAUUUUUAUUCGAACAAGCCUAUCAAUAUUAUGGAAAAGUAUUUUCAGAUUUUAGAAAAAUAUUACCGAAGAAAAGUAUUGCUGAACUUGUUGAUUAUUAUUAUUCUUGGAAAAAAACACGUUUAUAUAAUAGCUUAAUGGAUAAACAUGAAAAACAAUGUAAAUUCAUGCCUUAUGACAUCGAAGAUGAUCAGAUAACAAAUACAAGAGAUUUCAAUAAUCGUUCGGAAUCGACAAGCGAUGACGGUACGAUUGAGGACCAAGAAUGUUCUAAUUGCGAAAUAACUUCUACACCAAUGUACUCAACUCCCAAAGGUAUUCUUUGUAAUGAAUGUUUUAUUUAUUGGCAAAAAUCUAGUUUAAUGCGUCCUGAAUUAUAUCGAAAUAAAUCUUCAUUGAAAAAACUCAAGCAACCACCGAAAAAUAUGUGCCUUGAUUUGAAUAGUGUAAAAUCCAACGAAUCCAUUGAUCCUAUUGAAAAAUUAGAAGAUGAUAUUCGUCACGAACUAUCCGUCAUACAAUUACAUAAUCAAUCUAUUGAAUAUCUAACAAAUCAAUCCAGAGAGGAACUCGAAACGAUGCAUACUCCAUUUCUCGAGCCGAAUCGGAAUUUAAACGAUGCAAUAACGUCAACAUGGUCAACAGAAGAAAUUCUUUUAGCCAUUCAAGCAUUUGGAAAAUACGAGAAAGAUUUUCAUAGUGUAUCACGUAUUAUUGGUCCAACAAAAAGUAUUCAUGAUAUUGAAAAUUUUUUUGUUGAAUAUCGUGAACGAUACCAACUUGAUAUGGUAAUAGAUAUGAAUUCAAAACCGAUCGCCAAUAUGCAAGAUGAUACUGUUUUAAUUAGCAGAUAG